AUGUCACGGCGAGCGGGGUCCACCAAUGGCGUCGAGAAACAAAGUCCUGCGCAGCCCAAGGAUAAUGCUCAGUCGAAGCAAGCAAUGCUGUUAUCUCAAGACACAGGACAUUUUAGUCUGGUCAGGGCGCUUCAUCUCGCCGAUCUGAUCACUGAAAUGAAUGGUUUCUGUGGAUUCAUGUCAAUUCUCUCCUCGAUGCGUUAUUGUCUCGCAGAUCCAAGCGAUCUCACAAAUCUAUGGCUCGCUUUCGGCUUAAUGCCCUUUGGACUAUUCUUCGACUUUCUGGAUGGCAAGGUAGCGCGGUGGAGAGAGAAGUCAUCCCUGAUGGGUCAAGAGUUGGACUCGCUUGCAGAUUUGGUCACAUUUGGUGUCGCUACCGCUGCCGCCGGGUUCGCCAUGGGAUUUCGUACAAACGUCGAUCAGCUCUUCCUGAGCUUCUACGUUCUCUGCGGACUGACAAGACUAGCGCGAUUCAAUGUGACUGUUGCAAUGCUACCGAAGGAUAAGUCUGGGAAGUCAAAGUACUUCGAGGGCACGCCAAUACCGUUUGCUUGCUUGAUAAGCUUGACGGUGAUGACGGCUUGCGCUUGGUCUGGGUGGAUACAUGGAGAUAUCCCCUUGGGGACUUUCUUCAGUGGAACCGCGCUCGAGUUUCACCCCUUGGUGGUGAUCUUUCUCGUCAAUGGGGUUCUCAUGACGAGCAGAACAUUACACGUUCCCAAACCGUAA